ACUACAAGAAAUAUGUCUGGAUUCGACGAUAAUCCUUUUGGCGAACCAAAUCUGGAUAACCCAUUUGCGGAUCCAGCCAUACAACAGGCGACCCGCACAACAACCAAUGUUCAGAGUUCAUUAGAAGACUACAAUCCCUUUGAGCAGGAACAAUCAAAGCCACAGCUACAAAUUAACUCUACCAUUAAUUCAAAUGCUGCCGUGGUACAACCUCUAUCACAGAACAUACCACCUGCUCAACAACGCGCCCCCGCAGCCACACCUAGCACCAGUAUUCAAAUAACCACAGAGGAAUUACAACGUCGACAAGAGGAAUUGGACAGGAAAGCGGCGGAAUUAGAUAGACGAGAGCAACAGUUGCAAGGCAAUGUUCCACAACUUAAUAACUGGCCACCUCUCCCCGACAAUUUCUGUGUGAAACCAUGUUUUUAUCAGGAUUUCAAUUUGGAAAUUCCCCCAGAAUUCCAAAGACUUGUAAAACAUUUAUAUUACACAUGGAUGUUCUACACCUUAACAAUGUGUGUUAAUAUUAUUGGAGGUUUAACCAUUCUGCUACAUACCGGAGAUUUUACAAAUUUCGGACUUUCUAUUUUCUAUACAUUGCUCUUUACUCCUGCAUCCUAUAUUUGCUGGUUUCGACCGGCCUACAAGGCCUUUCGCAACGAUUCCAGCUUUAACUUCAUGGUGUUCUUCUUUGUUUACUUCUUUCAAACACUUUUCUCUGUGUUUCAAGCUAUUGGGUUCCCCAAGAGUGGUUAUUGUGGCUUUAUAGUUGCUAUAUCCCAGUUCAAUUCUUCAGCCGCCGGUAUUAUUGUUGGUCUUUUGUUGCUAUGCAUUGCCUUCUGUUUUGCUAUUACAGCUGCUGCAAAUAUAAUGAUGAUCACAAAGAUCCAUUCAAUAUAUAGAAGUUCUGGUGCCAGUAUGGCCAAGGCACAGGCUGAAUUUGCUACCGAGUUUAUGCGUAACCAGCAUGUUCAAGAAGCUACAACAUCUGCAGUUAACUCGGCUAUUAAUUCUCAGUUUAAUAAUCGCCGGUAUUAGA